UCUUAUUAGAAUCUUUUAUCAGUUUAGCUCACCAGACAACACGUGGGAGUAGUCCAAGAUGGAAUCAAUUUUCAUUAAAUACAGCCACAUACAGUUGUGUUACCGCCCUAGCCCCUCUUCUUUUUCCUCUCCAUCUUCUCACUCCAUACUUCCUCCUCUUCCGGCGGAGCAUCGCUGCCGGAGUUUGGUAAAACGCAAUCCAUCGGAGAUGGAGGAUUACUUGAAGGUGUUCGUGGAGGAGACUUCGUUUUACAAUCGUCUGGUUUUAGGUACAUUGUUGCCGGAAUCAUGGUGGGGACCACUUCCUCACUUGCUUCAAGGAUGGCUCCGUAACUACAUUGGCGCUCUUCUAAUUUAUUUCAUCUCCACUUCCCUCUGCUCCCUCUACGUCUAUCACUUGAAGCGCAAUCUCUAUAUUCCCAAAGAUGAGGCCAUACUAUCAAAGCAAGCAAUGGUGUUGCAGAUAUCAGUUGCCAUGAAAGCUAUGCCAUGGCACUGUAUCCUUCCAUCACUUUCUGAGUACUUAAUUGAAAAUGGAUGGACUAAAUGUUUUGCAAGAAUAAGUGAUGUUGGAUGGCUUACCUACUUCAUCAAUACGGCUAUUUAUCUUGUAAUAAUUGAGUUUGGAAUCUAUUGGAUGCACAAAUUAAUGCAUGACAUAAAACCUCUGUACAAAUAUCUGCAUUCUACACAUCAUAUUUACAACAAGCAAAACACACUUUCCCCAUUUGCUGGAAUGGCACUGCACCCACUGGAUGGAGUACUGGAGGCGAUGCCACACGUCGUAGCUCUAUUCGUUGUGCCAAUGCAUUUCACUACACACAUAGGGCUCUUAUUCAUGGAUACCUUAUGGACUGCUAAUAUUCAUGACUGCAUACAUGGGAAGGUGUGGCCUGUAAUGGGUGCUGGCUAUCAUACCAUACACCAUACAACAUAUCGACAUAAUUAUGGUCAUUACACAAUAUGGAUGGACUGGAUGUUUGGUACUCUUAGUCAUCCUGUUGAUCACAAGAAAAUGUAAUAACUGAAAACAGUUAAUUAUUUUUCUUAUACACCAUAAAAGAAAUUAACUCCGAUACUUUUAAAAAAUAACAUUUGUGAAGUUACUUGAAAUUACGAGAGAUAUUAGUAAACGAUAUAGUGCAUCUAUAUAUCAAACAUAAGUAGAGAAAAUAAA